AUGACUGCCCCUCAAGAAAGGAACACCAACGUCAAACUUCUCGCAUGUCUCGUCGACCCAGACGACACGGACGAUAGCGAUUACCGCUUCCUCGUCGACGGGCAACAUGUGAAGUACGUAUCCACAGCUCCAGGCACGUUUCGCGGGGCCGAGGACGACCGUACUUUCGAGCCCAUCCUACUUGGCGAGCUCCUUCCAUCAUUCCCAACUGGAGAUUGGAACAACGGCUACGCAGUUAGGGACCCUGAAACGGAGAAGGCUGUCUUCUCCAGGACCGAGACAGUGCAGCUUGCCGGAGUCAAGAACUGCUGGCAUCCCGUAAAACUCAAUGAGUUGGAAUUCACUCGUAAAGAGCGAUUGAGGCAACGAGUCCACGUCUCAACGCAUCCCAAAGUUCAAGGCGGCAAACCUGUGCUAAUCAAACUCGCGGUCUGGCCCUGGGAAAUCUCCUCCAUUGAGACUGAGACAGCCGCCUAUCAAUGGAUCAGUGACAGUGGAAUCGGUCCCAAGUUUUUGGGUCAUCUCACUGAGGGCAACGAUGGACGCGUGGUUGGCUUCGUCACUGAAUGGGUGGAAGGCGCGAGAGCAGCCAAGUCAAUGGAUAUCGACGACUGCAAGAAGGCUUUGGGUCGGUUGCAUGAGCUCGGUAUAAAGCUUGGUGAUAUCAACAAAUAUAAUUUUCUUAUGCGGGAUGGGCAUGAUGUGGUUCUCGUAGACUUCGAAACGGCGAAAAAAAACUGUUCGCCUUUGGAGCUCGAGGAUGAGAUGAGCGCCCUCGAUGGUAGCCUUGAAAGCAAGAGUUUCCGGGACGGGUGGAACGCGUCUGAAUGA